AUGGACGAAAAGAGGUCUUCAGUCAUUGACGGCCUAGAAAGGCGGCGCUUGGGCUCGUCGCGUCUUGUCAAGUACCUUGCGGUCGGCGCGCUGCUCUGCUUUGCCUGGUUCCAAUUCAACAGGUCGCAGAUAUGGAAGCCUAGCCGUCACUUCUGUCAUCACUCUGAUGCGAGCCUGGAUGGCAAGCUAAAGUAUCCCGGCGAAAACAUUACUUGGGAAGAGUGUGGUGACCUCAUUGGACGAAAGCUCGAGUGCAGCGAGAUUGAAGUGCCCAUGGACCAGUACAACCCCGACAACUCUGGUAACAAGACGUUCAGCAUUCCGCUCAUUCGACUAAGAGGCAAAAAUGCGACGCAAAACAUCCUUCUGAACCCUGGUGGCCCAGGAGGCUCGGGCACGGAAUUCAUUUGGCGCAAGGGAGAGCAAUUGAAUGCCAUCAUUGGCGAGGGAUUCCACCUGCUCAGUUUUGAUCCGCGGGGCGUCAAUGGCUCCAGGCCAAAGGCGACUUGCUACCCCAAUGAAGAGACAAGACAGCUCCGCUCGCAAGUUCGCGCCAACAAGGUGAUUGAAGACAGUGCAGAGGUGUACUCGUGGUCCCAAAACUUUGUCCGCGCUUGCGUCGACACCAUGGGCGAACAUGCCGGCUAUGUCAACACGCCGCAGACAGCAGCCGAUAUGAACAGCAUUCUUGAUGCCGUCGGCCAGCAAGAAAUGGUCUACUGGGGAUUUAGUUAUGGCACAACGCUGGGUCAGACGUAUGCCACGCUAUUUCCCGAACGCUCAGAACGAGUAAUCAUCGAUGGCGUUGGUAAUAACUUUGACUGGUACGAAACCCCGAUUGAUAGCGAAGAGCUGGCCGACACGGAAAACGUACUUCUCGGCUUCUUUGAUGAAUGCAUCAAGGCGGGCGAGGACUGUCCACUAUCCUCUCUGGCCGAGUCAAAAGAGGAACUACAGGAAAAGGUUCUCGACUUUGCCGACAAGCUGAAUGAGCCCUUGAGUGUCUAUGUCAACAAUACCGUCUGGGGUGUCCUUACACGAGAGGACAUCAUCCUAUCGGGCCUGUUCCCUGCUCUGUAUAAGCCGGCGAACUGGUAUGGAUUGGCCGAUCGCCUUGCCAAACUCCUCCAAGGCAACGCCACUGAAGCAUUCCUAGCAUAUGGUCUUGAUGGGCCUUGGUCCGGCAUCCUGGACCUGGACACUACCCUCAUGAUUGAGCAAAACGACGGCGCCUCUGGUCCGGAUAUAUGGCCCCAAGACCGGCAGAGCAUGCUGGACAUGAUCCUCCCCUUUAUGAACUCGAGCCUGUUUGCCUUUAUGGAAAACAGUCAAGUGUAUAGCAAGCAGCAAUGGCGCAUCCCCAAAACGCACAGCUUUGUGCAAAAAUACGGAGUCAAGACGGCGUAUCCGCUGCUGAUCCUCAGCACCACGUUCGACCCCGUCUGCCCCCUCAUCUCGGCCCGCGCAGCCAAUGCCGCCUUUGAGGGCUCCCAGAUUGUCGAGCUCAAGGGCUACGGCCACUGCUCGCUGGCCAUGCCGUCCAAUUGCAUGGCUCAACACGUGCGCGCCUUUCUGUACAAUGGCACGGUGCCCGAAAACUAUACCCAGUGCGAGGUUGAUGGGCCUUAUUUUAUCAAGCCAGAGGAUAACAACGCAACGGCAGUGACGCUGCUGCAGUUUGAUGAUGCAGAGGAUCAACGCAUUUAUAGUGCUCAGCUUGAGAUUGCGCGGGAUGACAGUUGGCCUUAUCGGUGGUAA